CGCGGACUGCAACACCCGGGAUUAUGCAAGGCUCGGCUUAGAGUUUUGCGACAGCUGUCGCCGAGAAAAGCACCUGCCGAUGCGGCAUCGAGGUACACACGAGCAACACCAAGGAAGAGGACGUCAGCAGCGGUGUAAUGCCGGUUCCGAGAUGUUGGCGAGUGGAUUGGGUUUCAAGGCAAGACAAUGAGUCGCAUGUUGAGUCCAAGGCAAGACAAUGAGUCGCAUGUUGAGAUUGCCUACCUCCUGGACUGCCCUGACCCACAAGGGGCAAAGAUGACAAGUCCAGCCGCGCCUCGCGUCAAACAGACGGGCCUUGGAAAAUGCUUGCCGGGCUUGGGCCAAGACCAGAGGUGGGAAGAAAUCGACGCGCGGUUAUUAUCACAUCCACCCGGCUGGCUCAAGAGCAAAUAUUUGCAGGACCACUUCUCCAUCGAAGCGAUCGCUUUGCCACCCUUGGCACUCUAUUCUUGCGAUGUGUUUGCGAACGGACUGCUUGAUGCAAUUUCCCGCCCAGCAGAUCGACAGGCCCAUGCGACAAAGCGUGAUGAGCAAGCAGUGCAGGGCAAGCAAGCAAUCAGAGCAUCGCCGGGGUUGAGGCGACUUUCCACACCUCUCAAAACCCCGGCAGAUGGCAGCAGCAUCCUGUACGUAACGUCUCGUCGCCUCUUGGGCGACGGAAAUCGGCCGCCGACCAAUUGUUGUUGUUCGCCCGUUGCUUCGCCCAGCCCGGGGCGGACGUUGUUGUCGCGAGCGUUGGACGCCGCGCGGUGUGUGGGCGUCGUGAUUGGCUGGGUGGCGUCGCGCGCAAUCCAACGGCGUAGCAUUCGAGGGACGAAUGAUGUAACGCGUGCUGCUAUUCUUGGGCGGGAAAGGGGAGGCGGGAGAGCAGCAGAGUGGGAGAGAGAGCCCACACCACAACAAUUCAUCAAAGCAAAUUGGCCGUGAGCAGGCAAGAGCAGCGCGCAUCUCCACCCGGCAAUCUCGCCGCCCAGGCAUCCUUGGCUGCAGUAAAUUUCGCCCUUCCUUCCAUCACUCGCUUAUGGGCGCGUUCAGGUCAACAAAGGCCCGCUCCGACCCACCGGCCAAGAGCAGCAGCGUGGACAACGCCGGGGCGUUUGGCGGGCGUGAACGGGCAGGGGGACGGGCGGGCUUCACGUGGGCGGCGAAAGUGUAAUUAGCACAGUUGCCGCAUUGGGCGCCAAGUGGGGCGCGUGCCGGGGUACGG